AUGUCUGUCAGCGAAGUAAACAAAACAGAGAAACCACUGUCCACGCUCUGGGGAUGUGAGCUCAACGACACAAACAAAGAAGAGGCCUUUAAGGCGGAUGAUACCAACCUUCAACAUCAGCUGGCACUGAGAACGAUGUGUCUCGGUCAUACUGCCAAAGAUGAGUUUAAUAUAGUGGAGCUGAUUACGGGUGAAGGCAAAGAAAAUGGAAAGGCCAUUCCCAUCGCCACCCUGCAUGCGAAGUCAAUGCCCACGGUUAACCUGUGUGGUUUAGAUCUGCAUCCUCCGGUGACGUUCAGACUAAAAGUUGGCUCUGGGCCUGUAUUUAUUGGAGCUGAACACGUUGCUUUGGAGGAAGACUAUUCUGAUGAAGAGGGUGAUGAGGAGAUGGAUGAUGAAGAGGAGGAGGAGGAAGAGGAUAUUGAAGAAUCACCUGUGAAAAAAGUAGCCAAGAAUGGUGGCGCAGUUAAAAGAAAGAAGCCAGAGAAAGCAGAUGAUGAACCCGUGUCGGAAGGUGAAAAUAAUCCACCUAAAAAGGGAAAAGGAAGAGGCAGAAAGCCAUUAGUCCAAAAGGUGUAA